GUCUUUGUUCACCCUGAUGUUCAGCUGUUGCAACACGAAUUUUCUAGGAUCACGACAAUUUUCCGAGAAAACUGAAUUAUCAUUUUCAUUCUUACAACACUUCGAACCAUUCGAAGAUGCGCGUGUGUUUCGUUGUUACGCUUGCACUAUGUGCCACCCUGGCAUAUGGUGUCAAAUCCGGGGAGGAUGGUGUGAUUGGAUCCAAGAAGAUUCUCCAUCUUAGCCCUAAUAAUCCAGGAGAUGUGUAUUUGAUUGGAAAUUUCUUAGCCUGCAUCAAUGCGUAUUCUUGCUUCAACACAGCAAUUUCAUUGGAACUUGAAACACCCAUUAGCUUCCUUAUUCAGGAUAUUUUUAUUUAUGAAUUUGAGGAAUGCCUAAUUUUCUUCAAUCAACGAACUGCUAAACUUAUAUUUAUCAUACCGAAAGCAGUAAUGGAUCAAGUUCUUCUCCUUGUUAAUGUGACUCUGGAUCUCUACCGUCUACCCCUUGAAGCAGCCUUUAAUUCCUAUUUGGGUAUUAAUAAUGUGAAACUAUCAAAGAAUUGCCUGGAACUCUACAGCUACGUCGGGAAUAUUCUAUCGGAAUUAUUGGGUGUUGGUGGAAAACCAAUAGCUGCAUUGAAUCUUCUGGGAUUAAUUGAUUUUAACCGCGCAUUUCCACCGGAGUUGGUUGUUUUCCAACCAUACAGUGUUAUAAAUAAUUUGCCGGAUACUUCACCAAUUGACUUGGCCCUUUCUAUUGCAUCGACAUCCAUCAUUGUUGAUGGUGCUGCGUUCUGCAACAAAAAUUUAAUCUUGCAAGACAUAAUUUUCCCAGGACUAACUCUUAGUGGGUACAAAAUUGGUAAUAUAAUUGGGAAGAAGGUUAUUGUUGAAAUAAUCCCCCUUCUAAUGGGACACAUCAUUGGACUUCUACCACCUGAGACAGUGGCCGAUUUGUUCAAUCAAAUUAUUACAUCUAUUACAAUUGAUUCAAAGGCUGAUAAAACAUAUCAGCUCUUCUUUGAACUUAUUACCCAAUAUUCCACAGAAAUGAUACCAACUGUCCCCGAAACAAAAUAAUAGAGAUGAUAAAAAUUUUUAUUUCUUCCUGUCAUGAAUUUAUGGAUUUCAGAAUAUCUGCUUUAAAAGUUCGUCUUGUAUAUUGUUCUGUGUAUAAAAAAGUAAUAAAAAUAAAUAAAUAAUCUUUGGGAAGUCA